UGAUAUAUAGUAAAUAUGUUUCAAAUAAGUUUAAUCGUUGUUGUGUUGGGUGAAAAUUAAACACAAAUUAAUGUAUCAAAACAAUAAAUCAAAGCAAUUACCUAAUUGCCUUUUAUGACUCCAACCAGGUGGGACAAUCACUGAUAGAGCCGGCAAGGACUGAACUUCAGUUUGGCUUCCUCCGCUCAACGCUAUGGCGGUGCUGUACUUUUUUCGGGAACCUGAGACCCUCUACGACUGUGCCAGCUUCAUCUGCGGCCUCCAGUUCGUGAUGUGCUGCAACGGGUUCAGUGGACGGGGCACCGGUUUCGCGAUUACCCGCUGGAAGAGGACCUAUUCGCUGGGCAUGGCAGGACUGGCGGUCCUGGUCCUGUUCGUCUCGCUCAGCGGUCUGUUGGGGAGCGAGGAGAUCCGCAGCCGAAUGGCAGCCGUCGACAAGAUGGUGCUGAGCAUUGCGGCUCUGGAGGUGGUCAUGUCCACGCUGGUGUUUGUCGUCACGGUGGUGUCCCUGCAGGCGGCCGCCCGCCGCCACAUUAACAUCUAUGUGCGCCUGUCCGCUAUGGAUACGCUGCUGAUGCGGGACUUUGGAGCCAGCCUUAAUUACCGGAAGCUGCUCAGGAAGAACAUUGUGGUGCUCUUGACCGUCACCGUGCUCUACCUGGGGGCCAUCACAAGCGCCGUGAUCCAGAUGGCCAGCGGGCACCGCACCUUGUUCCUGCUGUCCGCCUACUGUUACGUCAUCGUGACGGCGGGCCCUCACUUCACGGGCUACGUCCACAUGAGUCUCGUCGAGCUGCUCUCCAUCCGCUUCCGGCUGCUCCAGAAGAUCCUCAGCCCAAAGUUUCUGGAGUGGCGGUUCCCGCAGCGGCAGCUCAGAGAGCAGCGCGUCCGACAGGCCGUGGCCAUGGUCCAAGAGCUCCAUCAGCUCAUCACGGAGAUCAAUCGGGUGUACGCGUUCAGUCUGUGGAUGUCGAUGGCCCACGACCUGGCCAUCACCACCAGCGAGCUCUACAUCAUCUUCGGCAUGGGUGUGGCGAGCAUGGAGGAGCGCGAAGAUGAGGAGAUGCAGCUGAAUCUGAAGCGGGAGCAGCACAAAGGCAGCCGGGUUUUGCUGGGCUACGUGGCACUCUGCAUGGCCGCUCCUCUGUAUAAGCUGCUCAUCGGACCCUUCUACUGCGAACGCACAGUCCUCGAGGCCCGGCGGUGCCUCCGCCUCAUCGAGCAGCUGGACAACUGGUACCCCACCAGUCCAGCCACGAAGCAGCUGGUUAACUCUCUGAUGUGCUGGCGCUUGCAAUCCCGUCCGCAGUUCACAAUCGGCUUCGACAUUCUCCUCAAUCGAACGGUCCUAACUCUGUUCGUCUCGAUUCUGGUGAACUAUCUGCUCAUUCUCAUCCAGUUCGCUAUGACCCAGAAGAUGGGCGAACAUAUUGAGCAGCAGAAGGUGGCCCUGCAGAACUGGAUCGGUAUAUAAUAAACACGAACGAGAUAAUUACAUGCCAUAAGGAUAGGGAUCCUCUCUCGAGCCCAAAAACAUCCAGCACAAGAAUCCUAAUGUUAUGAAACGCACUGUACAAAGACACUAAGUACGUUAUGUAUGUGUGUAUAUUUUUCGUUGGCUAAAUUAAUUUACUGCCGGUGCCUCGUUAGCAUGGAAAGUCCAUAAAUAAGUCACCUCCUAGGAGAAAGGGAAGCGCCCUGUUGCAGGCAUCUCGCGCCCACUGUCCGUGCCCAGGACCAGGCCCACUGCACCCAGGAGAGCCGACAUUGCCGCUGGCUAAUGAUUAUAAGGCUUGUCGUUUUAUUUUAUUUGAAUUUUAUGCAAAUUUCUUGCCGGAACGGGCAGGGUGGGACAGGCGGUCACUUUAUCAAUGCAGGCCAUGCCCAGGUGGCAGCCCCCCAAGGGCCAGUUCUUCGCUAAUUGCGGGGGAAUACAAUGUCCAUUGAUUUUUUGAAACUGAUGUGAAGCAACAUCCAAGUCAAACAGAUCGAUUUGGUCAUUCCUGCCCAACGAAGAAGAUAAAGCCAGAGGAGCACAAAGAAGGAAUUCCUUUCUUGUCCACAGUUUAUACAUAUUUCCGUUUAAUACCGAAAUCAAUGUUGAAACGUUCACAUAAAGUCAGCAACUAUUAUCCCGCCCACAGUGGCACAGUGUUACAGUGCCACAUGCCACAUGAUUGUUAUUACUUCAAUUUACGGCCUGGCUGAAAGGGAGUCGUGGAAUGUUUAUGGGAAAGCGGCCGUUAUGCCUAUCGUUACCAUUGUCCGGGGAGACAUGACUCGUAAUUGAAUAAUAUUUUCUCGAUCUCUCCAUCUCUCUCCAUCUCUCUCUCUCUCUCUCUGUGUGUGUUGCUCCUGGACGUUGGUUUCCUUUGUUUCAUUCAAGAAUUUUCGAUUGGCAUUGCUGCAAGCAUAUCCCAUAUAUAUGAACGCCAUAUAAUUUGCAAUAAUUACCAAUGACAGACCCGCUUCUUUUUGUCCCAAGAUAUGGGUGCACAAUUACGAGUGGCAUUGCAUGAGACUAAUUGAAAAUUGAUUGCGCCCACUUAGCCCAAAUAAUUACCGGAAUAAUGUUUGCCCCAAUAAUCUACAAUAUCCAAGGGCAAAAGCCAUAGAAAUUGUUGCAUUAAAUUGGGAAUUCUGUUCGGCAGCAA